CCUUUGCAGGUCUCCACACCACCUCAAUCUUUCUUCCGUUCAUUUUGUGAUUAUUUGGGGUCUAAUAUGAUAAUUCUAAACUCUAUGGGCAUAAAUGAAAAUUGAAAGGUGAUCAUAUAUUUUUAUUGAAACCGAGAGGAAAAUGAUUUUGGCGGGAAGUGAUGAGUUCGUCGGUGGUAGAGCCAGAAUCGCCGGAUCUGGUUUGUGAGCUCGAUAAUGUUCAAGGCAUGGUUGAUGCCCUCACCUCAGUCCGAUGGAAGCGCUAUCAGGAUGCAGUUCUGGAAUUAAGCGAACAUGGAAUCGUACUGAUUGUUGAGGAUACUGGAUGUCUUCAAGCAAAGGUUUAUCUUCAACGAGAGCUUUUUGUUCGUUACGAAUACAGUGCAAACGGGCGACCUAGGUUUGGAGUAAGCUUAGGGUUAUUCGUGGAUUGCCUCAACACAUUUUGCAUUCCUGGACACUCGAGCACAAUUGAAUUCCAAUAUCCAGGCCCUGAUAUGCAGCUUCUUCUCAAAUCUACUGAUUCGUUAAGUGCUUGCACUUAUGCCGAAAUCAGAACUAGAAUCCCUGACACAAUUUCAUGGGACUACAAUUUUGAACCUGUUGGAAGCACUCCCAUCAGUUUUACUGUUAAAUCAUCAGCAUUGAAGGAAGCCAUUGAUGAUCUUGAAUGGCCCGGAUCAAGCAUCCAAAUCACCCUGCAACCAACACCUCCAUCAGUUACUUUUAAAGGCGAAGGCCAUGGAGACUUACAGAUAGACUUCAUGUAUUAUGCAAACACAGAUCUCCUUGUUGCAUUCAACUGUGAUCAAAUUGUUUCUCACAGGUACAAGUACAAGUUUCUUCGUGCAACAACUUCUAACAUACCGAGUAGUGUGAUUAAAGAUAAUAGAGGAAGUAAGUUAACUAUUGGGAGAGGAGGGAUGUUAAAAGUUCAACAUUUGGUGUCUGUUGUAAGGCCUUCUGGUUCUCACUCACAUGUAGAUUCUGGUGGGUAUCAGCAGCCUAGUCGUAUUGCUUAUAUUGAGUUUUUUGUGAAGCCGGAGGUUGUUGAAGACAAUGUUAAUGAUUCCUAGAAAUCAACAAAAGGUAAUCUUAAUCAUUAACAUGAGUUGUAUGUUGUUGGAGGAGGUAAAGAGUGAUUGUUUUAGUAGGGUGAAGUGGAUAUUUAUUUAUAUACAAUUUUGGACUUAAUCGUUUAAGAUGAAUGGUGAACUUUUUUUUUUAUGUAUUUA